AUGGACUCUUGGCACACGCUAUAUGGAGCAACAAAUGACACCACGUUUUUCUCCACGGCUCAUAAAACCUAUACACAAUUGGAUUACAUCUAUGUUAGUCAGGCGCUCCACCCGUUACUGCAGAACUCAACUAUUCACACAUGUGUUUGGUCAGACCACUCUAUUCUAUUAUUAGAGUUAAGUGGGAUGAUAGAUAGCAAUAGAAAAAGAUUGUGGACUUUUGACCCGACUCUUAUGAAAAACCCGCAGAGAUAUGACAAAAUUCUGCAGUCGCUGGUGGAGUACUGGGGAAUAAAUAUAGACACCACAAAUAACCCUAUAAACACAUGGGCAGCACACAAGGCGGUGGUCAGGGGACAACUGAUACAAGAGAAAGCCAGACUAAAUCACCAAAAUAGGCACCUAUUAGAACAAUUACAAAAGGAGAUAGAAACUCUAGAAAGACAACAUAAAUUAACAGGGAAAAAGACAACAUUGCAGACCCUCCAAACCAAGAAAACCAUGCUAGCAAAAAUUUUAAACUCCCAGGCUGCAAGAGCAAUCCAAAAAUUAAAGGCACACUAUUUCAUCUAUGCCAACAAACCAGAUAAAUUUAUGGCACACAAGAUUAGGGAAAGAGGCAAAGCUACAUUCAUUCCUGCGAUAGAAACGGAGCAGGGAAUACUGACUUCGAACCCACAAGAUAUAGUUGACACAUUCGCCACCUUCUAUAGCAAAUUGUAUGAUGGGAAAAAAGUCUUACAUAACACAGAGACAGAUAAACACACCGAUGCAUUCUUGGCAAAUAGCCCAUUAAAAGUUCUUACUAAAGAACAAAAGGAUACUCUAAAUGCCCCAAUAACUGCCUUGGAAGCGGUGAAAGCAGUAAAAGACCUUAAGCCUGGUAAAGCAGCAGGCCCCGAUGGUUUCACGGGAGAAUAUUAUAAAUGGUUUCACGCCACUUUAAUACCACACCUAACCAAAUUCUGUAACUAUAUAUUAGAAGGGAAUUCUAUCCCGAGUGAGCUGCUCCUAGCCAAAAUAGUGGUGAUCCCCAAACCCGAAAGAGAUCACAAAAGAUGUAAGAACUAUCGCCCAAUCUCAUUUAUAAAUCAGGAUCUGAAGCUGUUUACUAAGAUAUUAGCGAAUCGUCUUAAGGAGAUUCUCCCCAGUUUGGUCCACCCAGACCAGCCUCUGUCAGGCUUUGAGGGUCGCGCAUGCGCUUUACAUUUAGUGGAGGACCAGCUAUCAUCCUUCUCCGGGCGCCGCCUGAUCUCCGGCCCCUCUCCAUCUGUGUACCCUUCCCUCAACCGCACCUACCUAAGCUCUCUCCCUGCCCUCCACACUCGGCGCUGCCGCACAGCCCCCCUCAUGGCAUCCUCCUGCAGCCAGUGCCCGGAAUGCGGGAUGGGCAGGCACCUGCUAGAGGGGGGCGGGGCCUCGCUCACCUGCCACAGGUACAGUCCGGAGAGCCUACACACUCCGGAGCUCCCGGCCCCUGCCACAGCUGCCCCUCUUACCCCCGCCCUCCCGCAGGUGCCACAGGUCGUCCUCCUCCCGGGUGGUAUGGGCAGCAAACGCUUCUCUAAGCUGUUGUCCCAUGUACGCAGGUUGCCCCACAAAUAUCACCUGCUGGGAAGCAACGAGCUCAAGGCAGAGGCAGAGGAACAAUGCGAACUAAAAUCUGUGGAACAUGAAGAGGAUGUCACCCCUUUAGCCGCCAAGGAGGCCAGCAGACUGGGAGAGGAUGAGCUUCUUAAAUAUUUACAUGUGGAUUCAAACAAUGGGCUUUCAGAAUGUGCUGUGCUUCAGCGAAGGGUAAAACAUGGCUGGAACGAAUUUCAAGUGGAUAACGCAGAUCCUGUGUGGAAAAAAUACCUGGGUCAGUUUACAAAUCCACUCAUUUUGUUGUUGCUUGGCUCGGCACUGGUAAGCGUUAUAACUAAGGAGUAUGAAGAUGCUGUAAGCAUAACUGUGGCAAUACUUAUUGUAGUCACAGUGGCAUUUGUACAGGAAUAUCGAUCUGAAAAAUCUCUUGAAGAGUUGAAUAAACUAGUCCCACCAGAAUGCAACUGUAUACGGGAUGGGAAGCUUCAGCACCUUCUGGCCCGAGAGCUUGUACCAGGGGAUUUAGUUUGCUUAUCAGUUGGUGACCGAGUCCCUGCAGACAUCAGACUAAUAGAGACUACAGAUUUGUUGGUUGAUGAGUCAAGCUUUACUGGGGAAACAGAGCCCUGCAGCAAGACCCAUGUGCCACUGGAUGAGACUAACAGCAUUUCAACCCUCUGCAACAUCGUUUUCAUGGGAACUCUUGUUCGGUAUGGAAAAGGAAAGGGGUUGGUUAUCGGUGUGGGAGAAAAGUCUCAGUUUGGGGAAGUAUUCAAGAUGAUGCAAGCCGAAGAGACUCCAAAAACCCCCCUGCAGAAAAGUAUGGACAAGCUUGGAAAGCAACUGUCUCUCUUCUCAUUUGGAAUCAUUGGUUUAAUAAUGCUAAUUGGAUGGCUCCAAGGGAAACCACUUCUUAGUAUGUUUACAAUUGGAGUCAGCUUAGCUGUAGCCGCUAUACCUGAAGGUCUUCCCAUUGUCGUCACAGUCACUCUAGCCUUGGGCGUCAUGAGGAUGGCCAAAAAACGUGUUAUCGUAAAAAAGCUUCCAAUUGUGGAAACUUUAGGUUGUUGCAAUGUCAUUUGUUCGGAUAAGACAGGGACUCUGACAGCCAAUGAGAUGACAGCCACAAAAAUUGUGACAUCAGAUGGAUUCCAUGCAGAGGUUACAGGUGUUGGUUAUGAAGAGAAGGGACAUGUCCUUUUGUUACCAUCGAAUGAAGAAGUUCAUGAAUUUUCCAAUUUAUCUAUAGGAAAACUAGUGGAGGCUGGAUGCAUAGCCAACAAUGCAGUAAUUAGGAAAGGUACGCUAAUGGGUCAGCCAACAGAAGGUGCUCUACUGGUCCUUGGAAUGAAGAUGGGUCUGGAUAAUUCAGCUGAAGAGUAUAUAAGGAAAAGAGAAAUUCCUUUUAGUUCAGAACAAAAAUGGAUGGCAGUGAAAUGCAUUGACAAAACAGAGAAACAAGAAGAUAUUUACUUUAUGAAAGGAGCCUACGAGGAAGUGAUUCAGUAUUGCACAACUUAUAACAGGUCCGGGAUGGCGAUGCCACUCACACCCCAGCAGAAAUCUUUAUAUCUACAAGAAGAAAAGAACAUGGGAACAGAAGGGUUGAGAGUGCUUGCUCUGGCGUCUGGAGCAGAGCUGGGGAAGCUCAUGUUUCUGGGACUCAUUGGUAUAAUUGAUCCUCCAAGAAGUGGGGUGAGUGAAGCAGUGCAGAUCCUUCUGGAAUCUGGCGUGUUGGUGAAAAUGAUCACUGGAGAUGCGUUGGAGACAGCACAGGCCAUUGGAAGGAGCAUUGGUCUUUCCAAUGGACACCUAAAAGCAAUUUCAGGGGAAGAACUGGAUCGAAUUGAUGAAUCUGCUUUGCCAUCCAUUGUUACAAAGGUAUCUGUGUUCUAUAGGACAAGUCCAAAACAUAAGCUGAAAAUUAUUAAGGCCUUGCAGCAUACCGGAGCCAUCGUGGGAAUGACUGGGGAUGGGGUAAACGAUGCAGUCGCCCUGAAAUGUGCAGAUAUAGGAGUUGCAAUGGGGAAAACCGGCACCGAUGUCAGCAAAGAGGCUGCAGACAUGAUUUUAGUGGAUGAUGAUUUCUCUACGAUUAUGAGUGCAAUUGAGGAAGGAAAGGGGAUAUUUUAUAAUAUCAAAAAUUUUGUGAGAUUCCAGCUUAGCACGAGCAUUUCUGCUUUAAGUCUAAUCACCUUAUCAACCAUCCUCAACUUACCAAAUCCUCUGAAUGCCAUGCAGAUUCUCUGGAUCAACAUCAUAAUGGAUGGGCCGCCAGCUCAGAGUUUGGGAGUGGAACCAGUAGACAAAGACGCUAUCAAACAACCUCCCAGGAAUGCCAAAGAGGCCAUUCUCAGCAAAGCACUAAUCCUGAAGAUUUUACUUUCUGCGGCCAUCAUCAUCAGUGGCACAUUAUUUGUCUUCUGGAAAGAGAUUCCAGAUGGAAAAGUAACUCCUAGAACUACGACAAUGACUUUCACCUGUUUUGUGUUUUUUGAUAUGUUUAACGCUUUGGCCUGUAGGUCUCUGAAUAAAACUAUAUUUGAAAUUGGUAUUUUCAAGAACCGUAUGUUCUGGUAUUCUGUAGUGGGAUCCAUCCUGGGACAAAUGGCUGUAAUCUACAUCCCUCCUUUACAGAAAGUGUUCCUGACCCAGAAUCUCCAUGUAGUAGAUCUGCUGUUUCUAACUGGACUUGCAUCUUCAGUAUUCGUAGUGUCAGAACUAAUAAAAAUCUGUGAGAUUCACUGUUGCAGAAAAAAGACAGUCAAGGUUCUUGAAGAAGAAAUUUAACAAGAGGGCUACCUGUAUAUCCUUGUCAACCUGUUCCUCCCGACACUGUGACCCCAUGAUGUGAUUUUUUUUUAAUGUCACUUGGCAAUGCUGUAUGCUAUUUUACGUAUUUAUGUAAAAUUGACACGUCUGUGUUUUAUGGAAGAAAAAAAACAAUUACCAGGCAUGAUUAUCAGAAAGACUUACAACAAUACAUAACACAUUUUUUGGAUCAGCUGAAAAACAAACCCUCAAACAUUGUCAUUUUUUUUUUUUUUUUACUUUUUAAAUCAUUUCAAAAUAAAGACUAAUCAUUUAUUUUUUAAA